AUGCGGACAAGCAUUCGGCGCGCAGAAGUUCGAGAUGCUAGGCGUAUACAUGCAGCGCUCAACGGUGCUUCUCUCAUUGGCUGGCGUCGCUUUAAUGGUGAUAUACGUAUUCAGCGAGCCGAUUUUAGUUUUCCUCGGCGAGUCGGAGGAAAUCGCGUCGGCGGCGGCUCUCUUCGUGUACGGUCUCAUCCCUCAGAUCUUCGCGUACGCGGUGAACUUCCCGAUCCAGAAGUUUCUGCAGGCGCAGAGCAUAGUGACGCCGAGCGCGUACAUCUCAGCUGCGACGCUGGUGGUCCACCUGGUGCUGAGCUGGGUGGUGGUGUACAAGAUUGGGCUGGGACUGUUGGGCGCCUCGCUGGUGCUGAGCCUGUCGUGGUGGAUCAUCGUGAUUGCUCAGUUCGUGUACAUCGUGAAGAGCUCGAAGUGCAGACGGACAUGGCAGGGGUUCACGUGGGAGGCGUUUUCCGGACUACCCGCGUUUUUCAGGCUGUCAGCGGCUUCCGCGGUUAUGCUGUGUUUGGAGACGUGGUACUUUCAAAUUCUGGUUCUGCUUGCUGGCCUGCUUCCUCAACCCGAAUUGGCCCUUGA